AUGGUAAAUUUGCGACUAACAUGGUUGUUAGAGAGAUACGAAUUUAUAUCAAAUUUCCAAGUAGGAUCUAGAAGAACACGAUCUACAACUGACGCACUUGUACAAUUGGAAACAGCAAUAUUAAAUAGUUUUGCUAAAAGAGAACACCUAUAUGCAAUAUUUUUCGAUAUUCAAAAAGCUUUUGACGAUACAUGGAGAUACGGAAUACUAAAAAAGUUGCAUUCGUUACAAAUUCGAGGAAACUUACCAAUAUUUAUACAAAGUUUUUUAAAUGAUAGGAAAUUCGCAGUACGUAUCGGUAAUACUUAUUCCUCCGAACGGGUGCAACUCACCGGAGUGCCUCAAGGUUCUGCACUGAGUGUAACGUUGUUUUCAAUCGCAAUUGAUGAUUUAUUGACUUCUAUUAGUCCAACUGUUGGGAAAAGUUUAUAUGUAGACGAUCUCCUGAUCUACUCAUCAGGCGCCAUAAAUUCAAACAUUAAUGAUAUCCUGCAGAAUGAAAUAGAUAAAAUAUCGAAUAAUGCGAAAAAGAUUGGUUUUCGCUUCUCUCCCACGAAAACCCAUGUAGUUCAUUUUUGCCGAUUGAGAAGUUUCCAUGAACAUCUAAAAUUCACAUUAGAUGGACAUACGAUAGAAGUUAAGGAUAACAUCAAAUUUCUUGGAGUUAUAUUUGACUCUAAGUUAUAUUGGAAAGGGCAAAUUGAGAAUUUAUCUGUUAAAUGUAAAAAAGCACUUAAUAUUCUUCGCUGUGUUAGCCAUUUGUCGUGGGGUGCGGAUAGAGAAGUUUUACUAAGAUUACAUAAAGCCCUGAUACUUUCAAAGAUUGAUUAUUCCAGUGUUAUUAUAUCGGGAACCAGAGCAACUAGAAUUCAAAAGGUUAAUCGUAUUCAUUGCGAAGGUCUACGGCUAUGUACUGGUGCUUUUCGCACUAGCCGCCUAGAAGAUGUAUGUUGCGAAUCGGGAAUUCCACCUAUGAAAAUAUUAUUUGACAUUAACUUGCUUAAAUAUGGUAUAAGAAUAAAUGCUUUGCGAAGUCAUCCUAACUAUAACGUACUUUUUAAUAAUGAUACAUAUCCAAUCUAUGACAGUCGAAGUACUAUAAUGCGCCCAACUGGCAUACGACUUCUAGAAAGGUCCAGGAAUCUAAAUUUGCUUGAAUUACCAAUAGAAACAUAUCAAAAUAAAGUGUCCGAAAUUCCACCUUGGGUAAUUAGUAAACCGCAAGUAAAUUAUAAGUGGUUUGACACAAAAAAGGACACUAAUAAACAAUAUCUUAAACAGGAAUUUCUAUCAGUAUUAGAUCAAUACCGUGAUUAUAUUAUAAUAUACACAGAUGGUUCGAAGACGGAAGAGGGAGUGGGAAGUGCAUUUAGUGUUACAGACAAGACAUAUAAUUGGUCACUUCCAAAAUAUACAAGUGUGUAUACAGCAGAACUGUAUGCGAUUAUGCAAGCGUUAUACUAUUCUACCAUGUCGACAGAAAAAAGAUUUUUGAUUUGUUCAGACUCCCUUAGUUCCUUGAAAAGCAUAACGAAUACAUUUAGCAAAGAUGCUCUUGUGAGAACGAUGUUAUCCUGCCUAGAUUCUUUACAAAGACGCCGUAAAAUUGUCAAAUUUUUGUGGUGUCCUAGCCAUUGUGGAAUAAGAGGUAAUGAAUUGGCAGAUAGCGCAGCUAGAGAAGCAACUCUCUCCAAAGAAAUAGACUGGCCAAGGGUGCGUGCAGAUGAUGUUAAAAUGGAGGUAUUAUCAAGAAUUAGACAAUUCUGGAUGACACAAUGGUUCGCAGAUGAAUCAUUUUUCAGUCAAAUCAAAGUGGGUGUAAAUACGUGGAAAAUACCUCGUGAACUAUCACGCCGUGAACAAGUUGCUCUCACGAGAUUACGACUAGGACAUAGUAAUAUAACAUCAAGUCAUUUACUUUUAGGAGCCCCUUCUCCGUUGUGCGUGGAAUGUAAUGAGCCACUAAAUGUAACUCAUAUGUUACUUACAUGUGGAAUAAAUGAAAACUUAAGAAUAAAGCAUAAGAUCUCAAAGAAUUUAAAGGAAUGUUUAGGAAAUGAUGAAGAUAAUAUUCGAAAAUUGAUUGCAUUCAUUAAGGAAACUAAAAUUGUCGUAAAAGUAUAA